AUGAGCUUCAGGAAGAAACCCAGGUUCCUCAUCAGGAAGGACGGGUUUGAUACCAGACCCAGAAGCAGCUUCAGCAUCAGACAGAGCAGCCACUUCAGUACUAACAUUUCUUCUGUCCCUGCUCCUAAAUCUGCUGAAAGCAGCAGUGAAGAGACAGAGCUGCAUGAAGGCGAAGACUCCAACCUGGGAGAAGGAUGUGAGCCUUUUAUCAGAAUGAAGCCGAUCACAGCGAGCAACGCUCCGCCUUCCUCUGGUCCUCUAAAACUCUCCACCACAGGUUCCUGUGAGAGGAAGGAAAAGUCCUGCAGCAGGUCCCGUUCAAGCAGCUUUCCCUCGCCCACUCAUGAACCUUCUGCAGAAAGCAGAGCCCUCAAAAGAUGUGGAAGUUUCCCUGCCGGGAACCUGAGCAGCAGCUUUGAGGAGUUCACACCUGCCUGCACUGAUGAGUCUGCUGGUGAAAGCUACAGGUUCCAGUGCUCCCGUCCAGGUCAGUACCAGUGCAGAGAGACGGCUCUGGUGUUUCACAUGAAGGACGGAGACCAGGUUCUGUACAGGAUCCUUCCUUGGGGCAGGAGCCAGUUGAGCCCACAUCACAAGAAGCCUGCAGGACCCCUGUUUGACAUCAGGUGUGUGAAGGAGGGGUCCAUGUGUCAGCUUCACCUCCCUCACUGUGAGAUCCGCUCCACAGGGGGAUGUCGCUUCUUGUCGGUCGCUCACAUGAAUGAUGAUGUCAUCGAGUUCAUCAGGCCUCAGAAGAUAACAGAAACUCAUGUUGUCAUCAACGUCACGGGGUUUUCUUGUUACGGUAAUGUCAAAGAUGAAGACUCUCCCUCUGUUCCGAUCCGAGCGUUGGUUCUGCCGUUCUACAAGCCUCCACAGGGUCCAGACACUGAACACAUCAUCAACGUGUUGCUGCUCCCACAUAAUGUUUCUGUCAAUGAUGUUCUGCGCUCCAGGAAGAAACGAGACAGAGAUGAGACGUACGUACAAACGCCCCCUCACUGUAAACUGCAGCCCCAGCAGGUUUACUCUCUGACCACCAGUCCUGGAGGAGACUCCGUUGAAGUCCAGCCUACAGAGGCUGAAUUUUUUGAAGACUCCUACAAUAACUACUUCGAAACGUUCCAGCUGAUUUAUGAAAUGAAGAUGAAACACAUCAGACUGAGUUUGAAGGACAGCAGCUCCACCGGUGUCUGGGAAAGACGGGUUUGUGUUUGUUCCUCUGAGGUAAAACCGUCUCCUGGAUCAGCCCGUCUGAACCUCCCGCCACAAGAUCAGCUGCUGGAAGUCCGGAGCAGCCUCGUUGAGAGGAUCUCAGAACCCGUCCUCAAGUGCCUGCUGGACAAACUCCUGGAGAGACGUGUGAUCACUGAUUCUGAAAUGGAGUUGGUAAAGGCGGAGAGAACCAAAAGUGACAUAAAACGCUGUUUUGUUGAUAUGGUGAGGUUUAAAGGUCAAAAGGCCAGUUCAGAGAUGAUUGAGAUUCUCAGUGACCUCGACCCGUCCCUCUGUGGAGAUCUGGACUUGAUCUGAAGAGGAACUGACCACUCAAUCUGGGCAUGUGUAGAAAUGAUGUGUGAAUUUAAAAGUAGGGAGUUUUUAAAUCCCAAUAUUUAGUGCUACUGACCAGAUCCAGCAGGGGAACAAAAACAUUCCCUCUUCUUCUGCUGCAGUGUUUCCACAAGUCGGAAGUUUGAAUGCUGGCGUUUGGUGGGGAGGAGCCGGAA